AUGGAGUUUACUUCGGUUCAGAAACUGUGCUUACAUUUAAUAUCUUCAGCAUAUCAGAGAUGCCGAUUAUCCGAGCAGAUUUGCAGACUCUCAGUCAUUCUCGCUCGUUCUUCAUCUUCGCAUUCUUCUCAUCGAAUUUCAAUCUCUGAUACCGGCAUUGGGAGCUGCUUAGAGGAAUUUCAAGACUUGAGGUUUUCUUCCACAGAUGUAGCUGGCAAUUGGGAUGGGAUUCUUUCUAUCAAAACCACCAGCAUCAGUGAUACCGAGAUACAUAACUAUCAGAUAAGUCUGAAAGAAAGUGGUUCCUCCAGACUGACUAGACUACCUUCAAACACAAAAAACGGUGCAAAGUUCAGCGGUAGUGAAGUUUGUCUGUCUUCUUUUGUUAGCCUUGAUCUCUUACUGGCUGAGAUUCAUAGCUUUAUACAGAAGAUGCAAAUUCUAAGGAUUCCUAAUGUUGCAAUUCAAUUGGUAGCAGAAGAUUGGGAUGUACCUGAAUCACGAUAUGAAAAGGUUUUUCUUGCAAAUGAGUGCAAGCAAUUACCUAUCUCAGCAUCAAAUCUUGAACUUCUUAAGUCAGGCCUUGAAGACUAUGUACUUAAGCAUGGAAAUAAUUUAAGUAACCAAUGUAACUCUUGCUUCCCAAGUUGGGAGCAGCUCAAAGUUGGGAGUGGAAUAGCUUGCUGCACUGAAAAUCGUCUACAUACUGAACUGGUGAUGGAGGCAGUUAUUGUAAUAAGUAAUAUAUCAAUGCAGAACACAACGUGCUUCGGGGAAUAUACUGAUAAAACAGAGGUUUUGUACUUCAAGGACUUUUCACCUUGUACAAUCUCUCAAUCAUCUCUUAAGGCAUUGAAAAGCAUUGACUGGAAAAGAUAUGGUUUGAAUUUAGGGGGCAUAGUGCGGCAAGAUGGCUUUGCAUUACUAGAAUGGGAAAACUUGCCUACAGAUACUCACAUUGAUAUUGUGCUCCACUCAUACCACAAACAAUAUCCAGCAUUGGCAGCAAGGAAAAUGUCUCAACUUGAUAAAAAACUUGUUAAAAAAGCUGUUCAACUUUCGCUGGAUGACUUGAAGAUGAAGCAUUCCGGGGUUUUUUUAAGUUCCCGUUCCCUUCAGAUUCGUAGUUAUGCUCCUGAUCUCGCAAAAACAAUUGCUGGGCUGAUCUUGUCUUCCAGUGACUUAGAUUUCCAGGGAGAAUGCUUUUCUCUUCUAGGAUUACAGUCCCAAGAAGUUGGAACUGAAAUUAUGGAAAACUGUAUUGAGGAUAGGAUUGUUUCAGUUAUAGAGAUGAACGACAAGAAGCCCCACAAAUCUAAAGAAGUUGCGCCUUUCCUUUUUGAGGAUGACCGUGUUCAAGAAAUGGAGUUUCAAGAAAAUGAUUUCAUCCCCUUGGACUCACAAAUAUAAGGUUUUCCUGCGUCCCAAGUCCAUCUUCCAAAUUCUCAUGCCAAUUCUUGUCAUGGACCAUUAGUUAAAAAUUUGUGAUCAAUGUACGCUGUUUGGAUGCUGCUAAUACCUGUGGUGGACGUGAAUCUUUCCAUGCGCUCAUUAUUGUGAGUUGGUCCAUUGUCUUGUCUUUUGCCUUCG